AUGUUGGAAGCGCUUAUCCAGUCCGGGAGUGCCUACCGGGUCGACCUGGCUCUCUCCUUCGUCGUCCUGCUCGUCGUUUCGUACAUUGCUCGACUCGUCAGCCAUCGCCAAAGAUAUGCGAAGUUCCCACUGCACAUUGACAAGUCCAACCCGAAGCAGAUGCUAUUGUCUGGCUUUGCCAAGUAUAAAAACGCAUUCCACAUCAACACUGCCAUUGGCAAGGAUAUCAUCCUUUCAGCAGACUAUGCCAACGAACUCAAGAGCGACCCUCAUCUCGAUUUUGCCAAAGCUAUUCUUCCGGUUUUGACCGAGACCAUUCGAAGCAAACUUUCACGGCUGCCUGACUUCUUUGACAGAAAGCUGACAUUGUUGUGGUCAGAAUGGCAUGAAAUUCCCAUCAAAGAAACCAUUGUGAAGAUUGUGGCCCGUAUGUCGUCCAGGGUUUUCCUUGGCGAGGAACUUUGCCGCAAUGAAGAAUGGCUGAGGAUUACGGCUGAGUAUACGAUCAACUUGUUUAUUGCCGUCAACGAGCUUAUGACCUGGCCUACAUACGUCCGUCCUAUCGUACAGUGGUUCCUCCCGCCAUGUCAACGCCUGCGCCAACAGGUUGCAGAUGCCAGACGACUUAUCCAACCAGUUAUUGAUGCACGACAUGCGGAAAACGACGAGCUUCGACGCCAAGGCAAGCCUCUCAGGCAGCAUGAGGAUGCCAUUGCGUGGCUUGAUGAGAAAUCUGGGGGUCGGUCAUUCGAUGCUGCGAUCGCACAGCUCAGUCUGUCCUUUGUAUCGAUCCAUACGACCACUGACCUAUGCACUCAAGCACUCUACGACAUCUGUGCCAACCCGGAACUCAUUCAGCCUCUCAGGGAAGAGAUAACCAGCAUUCUUGGAAAUCGUGAGUUGGAUACUACCGCCCUGUAUCAGAUGAAACUUUUGGAUAGUGUUAUCAAGGAGAGUCAAAGAAUUAAGCCCGCCGGUCUUCUUUCUAUGAAGCGAUAUGUAAAGGAAAAUAUCACUCUUUCAGACGGCCUAGUUGUCCCCAAGGGAACAAGCAUAUCUAUAUCCAGCCAUGUUCAUUGGGAUGAAUCCGUGUACCCGGAACCCAACAAGUUUGAUGGAUAUCGCUUCCUCAAGAUGAAAGGAGACCGCGAGAAAGAUCGAAUGGCCAACCUAGUUGCCACCAGCCCUGAGCAUCUUGGAUUUGGACACGGUGUCCAUGCUUGCCCCGGCCGAUUCUUCGCCGCGGACGAAAUCAAGAUUCUCCUCUGCCACAUUCUGCUCAAAUACGACUUUAGGCUAACUGAAAAGAGCAAUACCACACCUUACAUGAUGCCCGGUGGAGCCUAUAUGGCAAACAGCACACAGAUUGAGAUCAGGCGAAGAAAAGAGGAAAUCGCUCUAUGA